AUUAACAGAUUCCUUUUUGAAUGGUUGCACUUCACGCUCCUUGACAAAAGGCUUUAUUAAAAAAAAAAAGUCUCUACCAGUCAACUCCAAGUCCCAGAUACUUGACGACCACGCAAUAAAGAACUAAAGCAAGAAUAGUGUACAUUGUUAAGAACUAAAGCAAGAAUAGUGUACAUUGUUAUAUCACUGCCCAAAAUGCAAGCUCCAAGAAAGACCCACCUGGGUGAACCUUGUGAUAUAUGUGGACAUGUAGGUUAUGCAGAAACUCUCGUUACUUGCUCUCACUGCAAAUUAGCCCGCGAACAUAUCUACUGCACGCGAGUUCUGCUCCACAUUGUUCCAGAAAUUUGGUUUUGUGAUGCCUGUCAGUCGAGCAAAGACGUAGUUUCUCCAAUAGUUACUAUGAAGAAACACUUUCCUGAGGCUUUAAACUCAAAAAAAUCCAGGAUAUCCAACUGUGACUUUCUGCGAUCUGUGAGUCCUAGCAGGAUUCCUAAGAAUUCAAGGAAAACAGGUCCUCUUAAAAAGCAGUUGCAUAUUGGAACUUCCAGAGUGAAGUUUAUUCCUCCUGAAGAAGCUGUUAAAAUGUUGUCUGGAGCCCGAUUGAAAGAAUCAUAUUUACCAAGUAACUUGGGCUCUAGUUCUGCCCAUUCAGAUACCAUGGCAACAACAUCCAAGUAUAAAAUUUCAUCUCUGAAAUUUUCUGGGCAGAAUGUGAAUGAGCAUCGGAGUUCUAGACCUGCUGGACACUCUAAGCCUCCUGUAGAGGGCAUUGUAGACACCAAUUCAGUCACUCAGGAACAAAAGUCAGUAGCCCAAAUGGUCGAAUUGUAUUCACCAAGUGAUUUGGGCUCUAGUUCUGCUCAAUCAGAGAGCAUGGCAACAAUAUCCAAGUUUAAAACUUCAUCUCUGAAAAUUUCUGGGCAGAAUGUGAAUGAGCAUCAGAGUUCUAGACCUACUGGACACUCCAAGCCUCCUAUAUGUGGCAGUGUAGACAUCAAUUCAGUCUCUCAGGAACAAAAGUCUCAAACAUCUGAACAUAAAGAUAAAACAGCUCCUGCAGCAUGUAAGAAUAGACCCAUGUGUGAGCAGUUUUCCCUAGUCUGCAAGGAAGAGCCAUUGUAUGCUCUACCCAUAUGUACAGGAGGUAUCUUCCAUGGCACUGCUAAACCUGAGGAAGCUGAGAGUGAUCUUCUGAAUUUUUUGCCCAAAAUUGAGAAAUUUCUUCCAAAUUAUCCUGCUUUAGAUGCUACCUGGUGUGGAAGCUUUGAGAUCCUUGACAUGGUUUCUCGUAGUGAAUUCUAUGAAGGAUUUCUGGCUUAUCUUCCAGUCACUGUACAUCCUAAAGUGUUCAAGAUUUCAAAAAACAUGCCUGGAGUGCUCCUUUGUACAUUUCUUCCUUGUUGCAAUAUUUGGGUGGAUGUCUUUCAAAAUGUCUGCCCUACUGUAAAUGAUAUUGCACUAUACUUUUUCCCUGGAAAAUUUGAGAGGUCUAAAGAGCAGUAUUUUAACCUGUUGGAGCUUGUAGAGAUGCAAGAUCUGGUACUAAGGAGUUCUGUGAAUGAUGUGGAACUAUUAAUUUUUUCUUCUAAAAGACUUCAUCUGGAUUCUUGUGGAUUGGAAGUGAGAUCUUUUCUAUGGGGCAUCUUCCGCCCGUUGGAAGGCAAUCUAGCAAUUCCUGCCCUUCCUUUCCAUGACGUGAUUUUCCCAGCAUGUGGACAAAGUUCCGAUGUUGAGAUGAAGCUGAUUAAAAUGAAGUUUCCCAAGGUUAAAAUGGAACCAUUUGAUGGCCCUGAUGUUCUCCCUGGCUUUUGUAAGCAUGCUGCUGGUGAUACUGCUCAUAACAUAACGUUGAGUAACUCAUCAAAUUCAGUUGAUGCGUCAAUUAAAGGUUUGGGAAUUUCGUACAUAUUCCCAUCAAUAUCAGGUUCUAAAUAUGCCAUUUAAUGUGGCUUACGAGGAUUCAUGAUUUUGGCUGUAUGAAGGAAGAUAUAUUGUUAUGGGUCCCUAUCCACCCAGUGCAUGCUCACUAAGGAUGCAUUAGCUGUUUACUUACCAAUCACCCAAGGCCUAAACACUGCCGCAACACAACUUGUAUAGUUAAAAUAUAGGAGGCAAUGCCAGGUACAAUGAAAUCUGCCACAAGGAUACUACACUAGCAGGAAAGAGACAAUCUGAUUUUUCUGUGAUAAUUUUUGCGCUUAUAUGAAGAGAUGUAAGUACAAGUUUGACAUCAGAAAUUGUUCUUAACUGACAACCCAAUAAGGGGGGUCUUUCCAUUUCUCCUUUCA